AUGAUGAAAGUAGGCCCCAGCGAGAUUGUCCACCGAAACAUGCGGUUUGUCAUCACUGACAGGCCCACCCGUUCCAACGUCAAGCAGUACAUCCAGCAGCUCAAGAAACACAACACCUCCAUGGUGGUCCGUGUGUGUGAACCGACUUACGACGAUCAGGCGUUUGAGAAAGAGGGUAUCAUUGUUCGGGAGCUAAGUUUUGAGGAUGGAGCGGAACCCCCCGCCACCAUCAUCAAGGAUUGGCUGAUCCUGGUUAAGAAGAUGUUCUCCGACAAGCCCCAAACAGCAGUGGCCGUGCACUGCGUGGCUGGUCUGGGCAGGGCCCCUGUUCUCGUUGCUAUUGCUCUGAUUGACGGUGGUAUGCGGUAUGAGGAUGCAGUGGAGUUUAUUAGGCGACACCGCAAGGGAGCGAUCAAUGGCAAGCAGCUAGAGUUCCUGGAACGGUACAAGGCAGCCAGCAAGAAGGGGUGCAGUGUCAUGUAGCUUUCAUGGUGUGUCUGUGUGUCUGUGUGUCCGGCUGAGAACAACUGCAAUUUCAUGGAACGUUGAAUUACAAAACUUAUACGAUCAAGGUGUAAUCUGUGAUUGGGUAUUCUUCUUGUGGUGAUUAACGAGCAAUAUCUGUUAUUCGUGUUUACUUGUAGUAGUACCGAGCAAACUUGCCGGAGCAAGCUCUACUAUUAGAUCAGGCGGUGAUAGGUACAUUUUAUUUGGAGAUACAAACACGGUUAUGUAAUCCGAAAUUGGGCGCCGUGUUGUUAAAUUGUUCUAAUUAUUAGACGAUGAUUGAUAAUAAUUAAUUAUGAAAUAUUUGUUCCUUAACUUUCUUCAUGUCUAAGCUUGUACGCUUUAUUUAAUCUUUUCAAGUUGCAUAAAACUCCCGGGAUGGGAGAAGAGUUUGGUGCAAUUAUUUGGCCUCUUUUGAUCUCAGAACCCAAUACUGAAAUAUAUCACAAACAGGGUUGGCAUGCGACAAUUGAACGAGUGAGAGUGAAGUUUUGAAGGGUUCGUUUUGAGGAAUGAGAAAUGGCCACGGUUUGUAGAUUUUCGGCCAAUGUUGUAGCUGUGGGAGCUUUUUGAAAUUGUAAAUUAACUGGUUUAUGAUCGUACAUCUGAAAUAUAACUGGUAUUUAAUUAAUAAAAAGGUAUUAGCUCUGGCUUAGAAUUGAGAUGAAGGGGUUACUGUUUCCAUUGUAAAGAUAACUAUUCUUCACAAUGAUUAUGUGCUACUAAAUUAUCAUGUUUACCACCAUAAAAACCUUUUAUUACAAGUUUUAUUUAAUCAUUUUACUUUUAUCAACUGCAAGACUCUACCCAUCUCUUCUCGAAGUUCUAGCCUCAAAAUUUGUUACAGUUUGUACUGAUCUAUUUAUACAUCUGAUAUAUAAUGCUUGUAUGUGAUCUUAGAGCGUGAAACGAAAUGAGCUACACAUGAUGCUGUCUUGUUAGUCGACUUAUUUGAAUUUCUUUAUCUGAUUACCAAGGUCACGUACCAUCGUACAACAUGCACAACAAUGUGGUAAGUUAUAUUUCCAAAUCCGGUCACGUCCUGCCUGAUCGAGCGGUCGCAAUAAAUUAAAUUGUACUCCGGUCAGGAGUUUCUAUUUUAAGCAAGUGGACAACGUUUCGUUUUCAAAAACUAAGAUUCUUUAUGAAUACUCAUAUCAUAAACAGAAUUUAAUGACACCGCUGUGUUUUCUUCCUUUUGAUAGGAUAUUGAUAUCGUACAUGAUAUAUUAUGUCAUAUAUCUGAUGUCAUUUGAUUUUAAACCAA